AUGACGAAUACUGAGCAAUCGAGAGAAGCUGAACCCAAGCCAUUGAUUCCCGUUGUCCUUCAUACAACAUCAGGUGGAAACGCUGUUUGGCACAAUUUCCACAAUGACUUCGCUCACAUCCAAGAUCCUAAUGAGCGACGAAGACUCGCUCUAGCAGAAAUCGAUCGCGCUCCUUUUGGAUGGUAUCAUAUUCGCGCAUGUGUCGUUGCCGGCAUUGGUUUCUUUACCGAUUCCUAUGAUAUAUUCGCCGUUGGUCUCCUCACAUCUAUGCUUGGAAUAGUUUACUUUCCGCAUAAUAAAGGAGUUAUGCCGACGACUUCAGAUACUGCAAUUAAAGUUUCCACCAGCGCUGGCACGGUGGUGGGACAAUUUGGUUUUGGAGUUUUGGCUGAUAUUGUGGGACGGAAAAAGAUGUAUGGCCUUGAAUUGAUCAUUAUUAUUUUUGCUACUUUGGCACAAGCUCUAACGUCGGGUUCGCCGGCUGUGGAUAUUGUUGGGAUUAUCAUCUUUUGGCGGGUCAUUAUGGGUAUUGGAAUUGGUGGUGAUUAUCCACUCUCAUCCAUUAUUACAUCCGAAUUUGCAACAACCAAAUGGCGCGGAGCAAUGAUGGGAGCAGUCUUCGCCAUGCAAGGAAUCGGACAAUUUGUCGCCGGUCUCGUCAUGCUAAUCGUGGUCGUCGGAUUCAAAGAAUCUCUCCUCACAGCCAAAUCCGCCGCAGUAUGUCAAGGAGUCUGUGGAUUAGCAGUUGAUAAAAUGUGGAGAGUACUCAUUGGAUUUGGCGCCGUCCCAGCAUGUGUGGCACUCUACUACCGUCUCACGAUCCCCGAGACCCCGCGAUAUACAUUCGACGUCGCUCGAGAUGUCGAACAGGCCCAGCUAGACGUUGAAGCGUAUAUUGCCGGCAAAGCCCAAGGUCACCCAGACGAAAUAGCACGUGUACGAGGUCUUCAAGCGGGCAAACAACAGAUGAAAAUCCCAAAAGCAAGCUGGUCUGAUUUCAUCACCUAUUAUUCCAAAUGGAAAAAUGGAAAGAUCCUCCUCGGUACAGCAGGUUCCUGGUUUCUGCUAGAUGUAGCUUGGUACGGAUUAUCCUUGAACAAUCCUGUGAUCCUGACCGCGAUUGGUUAUUCGACUGGUCCAACAGUUUACAAAACUCUGCUUAAUACCGCGAUUGGAAAUCUGAUUAUUGUUUGUGCGGGUGCGCUGCCAGGGUAUUGGGUUACGGUUGCUACUGUUGAUACGGUGGGGCGGAAACCUAUUCAGCUUAUGGGGUUUAUUAUCCUUACUAUCGUUUUUCUGGGUAUGGGUUUCGGGUACCAUAAGCUCUCUGGUCAUGGUUUACUCGGUCUCUACGUCGUCGCACAAUUCUUCUUCAAUUUCGGCCCCAACACAACAACCUUCAUCGUACCCGGCGAAUGUUUCCCCACACGGUACCGCUCCACAUCCCACGGCUUCUCGGCGGGAAUGGGAAAAAUCGGCUCCAUAAUCGGACAAGCGGCCAUUGCACCCCUACGCAUCAGAGGCGCCACAUCCAAACAUCCAAGUCCGUGGUUAAACCACGUAUUGGAGAUCUAUGCUGUGUUUAUGUUUGCGGGUAUUUGGACUACGUUGUGUAUACCUGAGACGAAGAGGAUUUCGUUGGAGGUUUUGAGUGGGGAGGAUUAUGGGGAGGGGAUUGAGGUGGAGGAGAGGGGUGUGGUGGCUAGGGGUGGGGGGAUGGAGGGGAGGGAGGGGAAAAGUGCGAGUGAGGAGCAGGGGAAGGGGGUGCAGGUUGAGGCGAAGAGGGUUUAG